CUGAGAGGCCGUGCGCCGCGGGGGCGGGGUCGCGCAGGCGUCCAGGGUGUCCCGGGGCUGGAGCAUAAACAAGAGCGGGGACGGGAUGAGGCGGCGGUUGAUCCCGGGACGGCGAGCGGCGGCGACUGAGGCGCCGAUCGGGGCCCGGCACCGACCCUGAGCGCAGUCCGACCCGUUCGCGCGCGCGCGUGCACCCGGCCGGCCCGACCCGCCCGCCUGCCGCGCGCCCAGCCAUGAACCUGGCGAGCCAGAGCGGGGAGGCCGGCGCCGGCCAGCUGCUCUUCGCCAACUUCAACCAGGACAACACACCAGUGAAAAGGGCACCAAGAGCAGCUCGUUCCCGUCGUCCCCGUAUUCGCUGGUCCCUAGCUGUUGGUAGUAAGUCCGGUUAUAAAUUUUUCUCCCUUUCUUCUGUGGAUAAGCUGGAACAGAUCUAUGAAUGCACUGAUACCGAAGAUGUGUGCAUCGUAGAAAGAUUGUUCUCAAGCAGCUUAGUGGCCAUCGUGAGCCUCAAAGCCCCGAGGAAGCUCAAGGUUUGCCACUUUAAGAAGGGAACCGAGAUCUGCAACUACAGCUACUCCAACACAAUACUGGCUGUGAAGCUCAACAGGCAGAGGCUGAUAGUAUGCCUGGAAGAGUCUCUGUAUAUACACAACAUCCGGGACAUGAAGGUACUGCAUACGAUCAGAGAGACACCUCCAAACCCUGCAGGCUUGUGUGCACUGUCAAUAAACAAUGACAAUUGUUACUUGGCAUACCCAGGGAGUGCAACCAUCGGAGAGGUGCAGGUCUUCGAUACAAUUAAUUUGAGAGCUGCGAACAUGAUCCCAGCCCACGACAGUCCUUUAGCAGCAUUGGCUUUUGAUGCAAGUGGAACCAAACUUGCCACUGCUUCUGAGAAGGGGACCGUGAUUAGGGUAUUUUCCAUUCCAGAGGGACAGAAACUCUUUGAGUUCCGGAGAGGCGUUAAGAGGUGUGUGAGCAUCUGCUCGCUGGCCUUCAGCAUGGACGGCAUGUUCCUGUCCGCGUCCAGCAACACCGAGACUGUGCACAUCUUCAAACUUGAGACUGUGAAGGAAAAACCCCUGGAGGAACCCACCACCUGGACCGGGUACUUCGGCAAGAUGCUCAUGGCGUCCACCAGCUACCUGCCUUCUCAAGUGACAGAAAUGUUCAACCAGGGCAGAGCCUUUGCCACAGUCCGCUUGCCUUUCUGCGGCCACAAAAACAUCUGUGCGCUGGCCACAAUUCAGAAGAUCCCCCGGCUGCUGGUGGGGGCCGCCGACGGGUACCUGUACAUGUACAACCUGGACCCCCAGGAGGGGGGCGAGUGUGCCCUCAUGAAGCAGCACCGGUUGGAUGGCAGUAUGGAGACGGCCAGUGAAAUCUUAGACUCCGCCUCUCACGACUGCCCCUUAGUAACUCAGACAUACAGCACAGCUGUAGCAAAAGGUACUUAUGUGCCUUCGUCUCCGACAAGACUUGCCUACACAGAUGACCUGGGUGCCGUGGGCGGGGCUUGUCUGGAGGAUGAGGCCAGCGCCCUGCGCCUGGACGAGGACAGCGAGCACCCUCCCAUGAUCCUUCGGACUGACUGAACCUGACCUAUGACCUCUGACCCUGGAAGCAGAGAACACUGGCUUUUGACAGAGGACUUUGUGCAUUGCUGCUAUGAACUUUGACCUGAAUUGGGGAGAGGAUGGCAGAGACUAUUAAAAAAAAAAGAUUGUAGUGGUAGUCUAACUCCUCCAUUCUGUUGAGAAAAUACAUCGUUUUCACUUCAGUGGCUUUUAAUCCUGCUUAUGAAUUUUAGAUUUUUGUUUGUUCUCUCUUUUUGCCAAAAUUUAACUGUUUGGUGAAGCCCUCAAAACCUCCUUGCUUUGCAUGCAUGAAUGUGCCAAGCCAGCAUAGGAGAGCUAGAAGCCACUUCAUAACAAACUGCAAUUGUUUGGUUUUUGUUAUCUGUACAUAGUGACCAGUGUGCGUGAGGAAACCGUGGCGUGGUGCAGAGUGGUUCUGGUUGUCAGGGCAGGUUCUGCAGUGACAGGUCCAAGGGUUGCCCGCCAGGGGCUCACCGGUGUGCCAGGCAGACAUCGGCUGCAGACAGGGGUCCUCUUUCCCCAGAGCCCCACUGGACCAUUCUCCUCCGUUUUAUUUUGUUAAUUAAAUUCUUUCCAAAUUGGAUUAUUCUGGGAUUUCUUCCGUGGUGGACUUUUGUUUCUGAUCUCGUUUUCCCUAGGGGUGUUGGAAAGAGAGAGAGGUUGUUUCUGAUAUUAAAAACCUUUCAUUCUGACAGCAGGUGAACUUGAAAGAUUACUUGGACUCCUUGAAGCAAAGGAAAGUGAUUUCAUUUGUAUAAUUAAAUUAUCUGUUCUUCUACUUUACUCUUACGGAAUAACUGUGUGAUUUUUUUUUUUAUUAUUGUUGUUUAAGAGGAACGUUUGUAGCUACUCUUACGCCCGAGAAAGCACAGAAUUCAAAUGUGAAGGGUAUCUGAAUCGUCCUCCCCCUGAGCUCUGCUGUCCAGCAGGGGCUCUUCUUCCCUGUGUCGGGAAUGGUAGCAACUGCUAGCGGGGCCAGGGGACAUGUGCCUUUUCUAUUUUAAUCUUAGAAAACUUGUUCGGCAAAGUGAUGAGAGAUUGUGGUCGCAAGUUUCAGUAUUUGCCUAGCUUCCCUUUUCAUUUUUACAGAAUUAAAACAACCUCAAAUACCUCAAACUCUGCAUUCCAAACCAAGACGUAUAGCAGUUAAAGUUUUGAGGGCAUUUAAGUGGAGUUAGUGGCGUGAAAGGUCAUUUUAGAGUCUUUGGAGUGGUGAAAGUUAAGGAGGGAAGUAAAGAGGCAGAAAUACUGUCUUGGCCCUGCCUUUUCAGGUUCUCGGGUUUUGAACAGAGGAAGGAUGAGAGAUGCCUGUUUUCGGGCCAUAGCAGCUGAGUAGCUUCCCCGGGGAGUUGUCAGCUUGGCUUUCGUGGCUGUGAUGUUCCCGUUCCUGGGCGGGUCUAGUGGCUGCACAGUAGACCUAAACACGAGGGUGUCUCGGGUCCUCGGACUGCGGGGACAUCUCGGGAGGAGCUGGCAUGUAGGCAGAGUGUGUGGCCACCAGGCAGACGUGAGAGGCGGGGCCAGUGAACUUAAAAUCCCUUCUGUCUGUCCUGGCCCCUCUGCAAGUGGGAUGCUAGUGAUGUCGUCUGAUGCAGUGGCACGUGCCAGCCAGGCUGCUCCUUUUCCAAAAAAUUGGGGGCAUGGCAGGACGCAGCCUUGACUGCACCAGAGGCUGGUGGCACAGGACCCAGAGGGUCCUCUCUGUCUUUAGAAGGUAGCCGUGGAUGCCAUCUCUGAGGAGGCUUGUUUGGCCAGAGUGAGUGUUAGUGGGGAAAAAAUUGUCGAAAGUGUAUGCGAUCGAUUUGGAACCCCGAGCUAGGGUUUCCUGACAACCAAAGAGGAGGGCUGGCUGCACUUCGAGUUCUGUGUUACAUGUUAUUAGUUUUGGUGCCUUUCUUGUUGACUUUCACACUUGUGGUUUGGGGACUCAAAUCUACUUUGCCAGGUUUCUUUUGUCUUUCUUUGGGAUUGGCAGUUCUAGAAGAUGUUGAGAAUUUGAUUCCUUCAUUCUGCCUUGGUUGCCUGCACUUUGAGAUGGGGCAGUUAGGGAGGGUGGCCCCUUGGUGGCCCCAGCACGGCUGGGCAGGUGCUUUCCCGCCCAGACCACGGGAAGCCCUUUUGCCCAGGUCAGGCCUAACCUGUGGGCCCAGAGAGGGAGUUCUAAGGGCUCUCGGUUGAGGAAAACAAAAAGGAUUUAUGUGUGUUUGCUAAGCAUCUUGUGAGGAUUUUUCUUUUGCCUAUUUCAUUGCCACAAGCACUCCCUCUGUGCUUGAACCAGUCGGAGCGUGGCCUGCAGGCCUGGGGCCUGAGGGAGCCACAGGGAGACAGAGAGAGGGAAGCCAUGAGGGGGUCUCUAGGACUCUUACUGCCGGGCCAGGAGCCGAGACAAGAAGGGACUCUGAACCAAACAACACGUGUACUGAUUUGCUGAACUCCAAACGAUACACCAAGAUGAAUUUUUUAAUUAUAUAUUUUUCCAAACUUCAAGAAAGAUCAUGGGGGUGGGAGAUAGGAAAACAAAACCUGGAAAUUUACUGAAUGGGCUCUGGAUCGGGACCAAACCUUUUUAUAGUUUCUAAAACGUUGAAACCAAGAGCUGGAUUGAAGCUGGAGUGAAAAAGAACUAAACUCAGCGGGGUGUGGUGACGUGCGCCUGUCAUCCCAGCCAUGACAGGGGCUGUGGAGGAGCCUCCCUUCUCCCUGGAGGAGUUCAAGGCCAGCCUGGGCAAUGUGGCAAGACCCCACCUCUUAAAAAAACAAACUGAAUUCUGUCCCUGUUUCUGCCACUGACUCGCAGUGAGCAGCGGGUGACCUGGGGGCCGCGGUUCUCUGGACUGUCGAGUAGGAAUCGUCCCCCACCUCACAGGGUUGUUGUGAGGUUAUAAUGUGAGCAUCUGUCCUGCAGCGCCUGGCUCAGGGCCUGGCCGGUGGUGGGCACCCAAUAAAUGCUAAAACAGAAA